AACUGUACGUGACAUGACACGUGUAAAGGCUCAGAGCAUACAAGGAAUCAGUGUGUGACCAGUCGGCAAGGCGACGUCAGUGUCUCUCUGCCACUGAUUGAACUGAGUAGGUCGGGGCCAGCAGCAACGUCACUCCCUGACGGCGGCUUCGGAGCCGCACGGACGUCCAUCAGCCCAGCAGCGAGCCGCUCGCUCCGGAACUCGGCGGAGGACAACAACGCUGGACAAAAGCUCGCUGCUUACAGACUGACUUCUUGUACAGCGACUUUACGCGUCUGUAGCUGAGUGCCUAAGUACAACCCAGGACCACAAGGCUUGAGCAAACACAAGUUGGUGAUUACCAGCGUGGCGUCCCUCAGAAGGACAUCACUGGUCAUGGACAAAGGGAGCAGAUGUUUGCAGUAGAGGAGGAAAUCACCAUACUAUGCUGUUGUGAGACCAGGAAGGAGGGCAAAUUAUGAGUCAGAACAGAGGAGAAAAGAAAACUGUCACUCUUCAGAUCCACCUAUAAGCUUGUGCUUGUUUUGGUAGACAGCUCACGCCUAUUUUAAGAGCAAGACCAGAUUUUUUUUUCCACCGUACAGCUGGCAUCUAUAACUGUCGAACUGUGUAGACACCUGGCUUUUUUAUUGCAUUCCAGUAAUUAUUACUGAAACCAUUAGAUUUUUCUUGUCAUGACUGCAAACAUUCCUGAGAUUAGAGUUAAUACUUUGAGCAAGUGCAAAGUGCAGUGGGGUGCAUCCAAGGCAAGCUCUGUUCAUUGUAUUUUAGCUCAGCUGUUAACAGGGAGGAUCCUUUUCUACAGUAACUUACCCAGAGAAAUAGAGAGAGUGGUGGGAGAGGAGAGGUGGGAGGAGUGAGAAGAACAGAGAACGACUGUGAGGGAGUGAGCCUGCUUAACCCAGCCACUGAGUGACUCUUGUAAGCCAAGGACGAAGGUAGCAACGCAUCCAAACGCCACUCUUCCUUCGCCCACGGACUGCUGUGAAGAAAUGAGAGGAGCAGACUGGAGGGGAGGUAGUAACAAGUGCAGCGUGCUGCGGUGGAUUUGGCGGUGUGGAGGAGAGCUGAAGAUCAUGGGCAAAUCAAACAGCAAGCUCAAGCCAGAAGUAGUGGAGGAGUUGACAAGGAAAACCUACUUUACGGAGAAAGAGGUGCAGCAGUGGUACAAAGGCUUCAUUAAAGAUUGUCCAAGUGGGCAGCUUGAUGCUGUGGGCUUUCAGAAGAUAUAUAAGCAGUUCUUUCCUUUUGGAGAUCCCACAAAGUUUGCCUCAUUUGUCUUCAAUGUAUUUGAUGAAAAUAAGGAUGGACGCAUUGAGUUUUCUGAGUUCAUCCAGGCCUUGUCAGUGACUUCUCGGGGGACUCUGGAUGAGAAGUUGAGAUGGGCUUUUAAGUUGUAUGACCUUGACAACGAUGGCUACAUCACCCGUGAUGAGAUGUUGAACAUUGUAGAUGCCAUAUAUCAGAUGGUGGGGAACACUGUGGAACUGCCUGAGGAAGAAAACACACCAGAAAAGCGAGUGGACCGUAUUUUUGCAAUGAUGGACAAGAAUGCAGAUGGGAAGCUGACUCUGCAGGAGUUUCAGGAGGGCUCAAAGGCGGACCCCUCUAUUGUUCAAGCAUUGUCACUCUAUGAUGGACUUGUGUAAGCUUCUCAGAUGGAGCCAACUGAGCAUCCUCCUGCGUGUUACAUGCCAGUCCAGUACUAUCACACCUGGAAUGGGAGGAAGCCACAUUUAAUUUACUCACCCAGAAGUGGACUGCAAACGUUUGUCGUACGGCCCUAUGACUUCUGUGUCAAGUAGCUGUUCGUUUACAUUUCCACUAAGGAUCGUGAACAAAUAUUUCCUCUAACGUGACAGAGGCUUCAAAUGUUUCAGCAAAACCCUCAGUCAUUUAUCUGUGCUUCUACAGCUGUGUGGCACUGUGUACACCCUUGAGUGUUUUGGACUGUGUACAAGCAUUUCUGCAAGCACAGUGUUGUGGUUUUCCCAUGGACAGUCUUUGGAACUGAAUUCCCUUGGAGGUAUUACUGUGUGUCUUGUCCACACAUGCAUACAUGUGUUUAAACCAGGGGAUGCACAUGAGCCGCUCAGAGGAACUGUGCUGCUGCUGCUGCUGCUGCUUCAUGGAAAGACUAAACCCAAGAGAAUCUGAACAAAAUGUGUUCCUUGGUGAUAAAACCAACUUAAAGUAGUGUAUAUUGUAUAAUGUAAAUAUAAUGCUAAUUUAUCUUCUGCUUUGCUGCAUUUAUGGGAAUUUCCUUAUAAAUAUGGAAUGAGGUUUUAUUUUUAUCUACGGUGUUGAACUGUAUUGCACUGUAUUUUUCCUUAUUAUUGUGGGAUUGUUAUUUUUCCUCACAUUCGGAGCUUUCCUUUGCCCGAGACAGCAGGGUUUUAUUUAUUAUUAUUAAAAGGUUUGUUGAAAUA